GUCUAUGUCCUGUCAGUGAAGCAAACACGGAGAGUGGAAUAGAUGUGGGGUUUAAUAUUAUGGUAUCUCCAUUUGUAAUUCACUUAACUUGUGGCAUUUAGAUGUCGUAUAUAAUAAAUUAAAGAAGCUGGCAAAUAUAUCACUGUACGAAUUGCCUGGUAAAUAGAGGGCAUCAUAUACAAUGCAGGGUGACGACCCACCUUUUUUGCCAGUGGGUACGGAUGUGAGUGCAAAGUAUAAAGGUGCCUUCUGUGAGGCUAAGAUAAAGAAAGUUGUUAGGAACAUUAAGUGUAAGGUCACUUUAAAAGCUGGUGGUGGCACUAUCACAGUGAAUGAUGAUGUGAUUAAAGGCAACCUAAGGGUUGGGAGCAUAGUGGAAGUGAAGCAGGAUCCAAAGAAAGAUGCAAUGGAAGCUGUCAUCACAAAAAUACAAGAUUGUAGCCAAUAUACAGUUGUAUUUGAUGAUGGAGACAUAACCACAUUGCGUCGUUCGGCGCUGUGUCUAAAGAGUGGGCGGCAUUUCAACGAGAGCGAAACCUUAGACCAGCUACCACUCACACAUCCAGAACACUUCUCCACUCCAGUAAUAGCAGGCCGGAGGGGAAGACGCGGGAGAGCCCAGUCUGAGGAAAGUGAAGGAUCUGGGUCGGGUCGUCGCGUGAAGGCCGACGUAGAGCCGCACGUGGGGCGCGUGGUACUGGUGGAGGCGGGCGGCGGAGCGGAACGACGCCGUCCACACCAGCCCGCCUUCCCCGCCCUCGUCGUCGCACCCACAGCUCAGAUCAAAGUCAAAGAAGACUAUCUAGUGCGCUCCUUCAAAGAUGGCCGAUAUUACACAGUGCCGAAAAAAGAAGCGCGCGAGUUCCGUAAAGGCAGUGCUCCUCUGGAGUGGGCCGGUGUGGACGCAGCUUUACAGUACCUGAAUAACGCAGUGCUACCCCCACACUGGGACAGAGAUGCACUCUUCAAUGAACCGAGAAAUACUUCGGAUGAUAGUUCGGACGAUGAGCCGCGCGAAGAGAAGGACCACUUCGUAGCACAACUGUACAAGUUCAUGGACGAGCGAGGCACACCCCUUAACAGGAACCCGACCAUAGCCAACAAGGACAUUGACCUGUAUAGACUGUUUAAAGUUGUUGAAAAGUUAGGUGGUUACAACAGAGUGACGAAUCAAAACCAAUGGAAAGCAAUCGCGGAUAAGAUGGGCUUCCACCCAGUCACCACCAGUAUCACGAACCUCUGCAAGCAAGCUUAUAAGAAGUUCCUGCACAGCUACGAGGACUUCUACCGCAAGCUGGGCGUGACGCUGGUGGCGCACCCUCGCGGCGCCCGCACCCCGCCGGCGGGCCGCUCCCUCAUCCGCGACCGCGACCGCCAGCCCCCCGCCUCCUCCUCCAACUGUUCCACUCCCACACCCCCCGCGCAGGGACCCUCUACUUCCACAUCCACACAGCGAGGCAAAGACAAAGACUCAGAUAAAAGUGAGACCGAUAAGAGUGAGAAAAGUGAGAAGGAGGAGAAAUUAGAGAAGGCAGAGAAAGUGAAAGAGAAACCCUCACAACCUCGCACCAGCGACGGAGAGGACAGCGCCGACAAUCAACCACUGAUCGUGACUGCACCCAAAGUGGACAAAGAAAAAGAAAGGGAAAGGGAAAAGGAUAAAGAGAAGGAAAAAGAAAAGGAGAAGGAAAAGGAAAAAGAAAAGGAGAAGGAAAGGGAAAAAGAGAAGGAAAAAGAAAAAGAUAGUAAAGACAAGAGUUCAGCGUCGACUAGCACGAGUGAAGAAAAAGAGAAAGUAGUUGUAAAACCACGGUCACAGUCUAAGGGACGGACCAUCACGCCCGUUAAGACUGAGAGCCAUGAAAAACGGACGCCGAAACGACGCCCUCUAUCUUCUAAAAGUGAAGGUGUAAGUGCGGGCACAUCCCGAGCAUCUCGUCGCCCGCAUGCUUCUACUGACAGCGAUAGUUCUGGUCGGGCUUCCAGAUGCGGACCCAUAAAGAAGAUGCAGAGUCGCCGCAGCCAGAGCGCGAACUCAGCAAGUAGCGGCAAUACGAUAGCUUCCAACAGCAGCAAGCGACCGCGCAAGAGGAAGAACACAGAACCAACCAACGAACCGACGCCGCGAUCCGGAGUGUCUAACGUGAAAGCACAAGUCGGAGACAAGUUGAAAGUGUACUAUGGACCUACCCAGUCCGAAUCGAAGGUGACGUACGAGGCUAAAGUGAUCGACAAGUCGGCGACGGGUGACUUACUUCGCGUGCACUACCUGGGCUGGAACACGCGCUACGACGAGUGGAUCAAGCCGCAACGCAUCGCACUCAACGUCACGCAACACGAACAGAGGAACAAAAAAGGUUCUGGUAUGAGUAGGCGCGUUCGGAGUAAGAGGACUGAAGAGUCGUCGGCACGGUCAGACACUGACAGCGAUUCUGAAAGCGAUGACGAUGUCAAGAGGCCACCUAAGAAGUCAGACGAUAAAUCUAGUUCUAAAACUCCAUCAAGAUCUAAAGACGUGAAGUCAAGUGACAGUAGUGGUUCGAGCAAGCCACGUAAACGGCCAGUGAGGACGGUGUCCACGCCAACAUCGGUGUCUCCGGCCAAGAAGCCACGGCCUACCGCCCCCGGCCACCAAGGCAGAGACUACGACCUUAAUGAAAUACGCUCCGAGCUUAAAGGGCUACAAACUGUCAAACAGGAGCCCGAAGAUAGCAAGCAAGAUGCCACCGACACUGACGAGGCUACACCCUCGCAAUCCGCUGCACCCCCACCCGAGCCCAUGCAGCAAGACAAACAGCCCGAAGACGUGUAUGAAUUCAAAGAACCAGAACCCUUCGAGCUAGAAUUGCACGACGAAAAGAAAAAGCGCACCCAUCGAAUAUUCGAUGACAUUUCACCCAGCAAGUACACAUCCACCUUAUCCAAGUCACUAAGUGAAGAAAUCUCAGAAGAUCCCAUGCGGCCCCGGCCGUCAUCCCUCAGGUCACCUUCCUUGUCUCCCUUCCGAGAUUUCGGCGUCACCAGAGAUGCUAACCGACAGAGUCCCGAGGAUGACUCCAAAGAUGGUCUGUUCUCCCUCGACGAUGAUUCAUUCCCUGGCGAUGGUAGUUCAGGACCAACCUUUGAAGGAUUCACCCCAGCCAAAAACCAAGAAACAUAUUCAAAGAAAAGCAAGGUGUCCAAAUUAAGAGAACUCAUAGACGACUCCCCUGACAGUCCAGCGGAUGACGAGCAGUCAUCAGAUGAUGAACCCGAAGAUAUCCCUGUAAAGGAAGAAGUAAGGCAGCUUACGCCCACGUUACCAGUGGUAGAGGAACCCAAGACCCCAGAAACCCCCGUGAAAGACGAACCUAUGGAGCCUGAAGUUGUGGCACCAGUCAAAGAAAUAGUAAUCGAGGAGAAAGAUAGUAAAGAACAUAAAGAGCCUAAAGAGAGUUUACCUGAACCGCCCAAAACUCCUCCGCCGCAAAUGAAACCAGAUUCACCACCGCCCAAACCGACGGCGGCGCCUACUGCAAGCACUACCAUCACGCUCGCGCCCCCCAUUAUUACAGUCACUGCGGCCCCGACUCCCGAACCUGUUGUUGACCACCCAGAGAAGGCAAAGAAGGAAGAACCUGUCAUCCCUGCCCCUGUUGUUGUACCUCCCGUUCAACAACCAAAAGAAAAUCCUCUAAAACUAAAAAUUGAAAAGAAAUUGGAUCCGGUGCCUAUAGAGCCAGCUAUACUGAAAAUGCAGCCGCCAGCAAGCCCUCUAAUGGACACUGAAGAAGACAAGUCCGAGCCGGACAGUCCUGCAAGGAUUGACGUGUUGCCAGAGCCACCACCAGGAUUCUUGCUCCAAUCUGAGGGACCAAAGAUUGCCGAGAAACUGCUGAAAGCUAUCAGCAGCGCUAAGCGACUCUCUAUGUCUCCUCCACCUAUGGAAGAUCGACCAGUCACUCCCAAGAUAGACGCGAUCAAGCCGAUCAAACCGGAGCACAAGCUCUCGCCCGUGAUGUGCGAGACAAAGUCGUUGAAAGCAGAAACUAUAAAACCAAUACUAAAGCCUGAAACAAUAAAGAAGGUGACGCCAGCUGAACCUGCCGAGAUAUACGGCGAGUCUUUCAGUAUAGUGGAGGUGAAGCGUGACGCGCUGGAGGGGCGGAAGAAAGUGGAGGAAGCGGUGGCGCCGCGGCUGCACAGCCCGCUGAGCUGCCUCGAGCGGCGCAGCAGCGCGGCGGAGCUGGCCGGGUCCGGCGGGCCCGGCGCGCCCGGGCCGCCGGCCGUCUGUGGCCUGCCCGGCGUGCCCAGCGUGCCCAGCGUGCCCGUGGUGCCGGGCGUGCCUGGCAAGAACAACAAGGUGCUCAGCGACACCAUCCAGAAGUUGUCGAGCCAGAUCAACCAGUCCGCAGCCGCCGUGGCUGCCACCGUGCCCCUGCCCUUCCCCAGCGACGAGCGCACCGACUCCAGCGACUCGGACGACUCCGACAGGAGAUUAAUAAUCGACAAGCUAGUAGUGGAUGAGUGGGGUAGUAGCGAGCGCUCGUCCCCAGCGCAGGCCAGCCACUCGCACAGCCUGCCCCCCAUGGGGUCCCACCCGUCGCUGGCCCCGCUGGGGUCGCUGGCCCCGGUGGCCCCCAGCACGUCGAUGACGCUGGGGGCGCGCGCGCUGCACGCUGGCAAGUCUCCCGGCGAGUGGAGCGCCGGCGAGUCCUUACUUAUGCUUGAAGAUGCUUGCAAGAACGAGCGAAAACAUAGCGCGAGUGUAGUAGUGGCGGGUGGGCCGCGCGAGGUCCGCGAGGUGCGCGAGUCCCGCGAGGCCCGCGAGGCGCGCGAGGACGACGGCAGUAUCUCGCUGUUGCUGUGCUCGGAGACUAUCCCGGGCUCGCCCGCGCCCGACGCCGAACCUGCGCCCCCCAGGCAGCGCCUACACAUGCCCUUCGCUUCAGCACCGCCUCAUCAUCACGCUAAAGAAGAGCGACGGGGCGGGGCUGCGGGAGGGGGCGCGGGCGCGGGCGGAGGCGGGGGCGCGGGCGGGGAAGCGCGCGACGCGUGGCCGCGGGGCCGCGCCCUCGUCGACAACACGCCGCCCACCACGCCCGACAGCAGUCUCGACGCCUCGCCGCCACACAGGGAGCGUCGUAUAUCAGAACGAGAUAGUCCUUCAGAACGCAAGGAGGACGAGGAAGAUAGCAGGAUGAAUGACGUUUCAGGACUCGACGUAGAAAAGCCGCACGGUGCGCGGUCGCGCAAGGCGUCGGAGAGUUCGUGCGCGGGCACGCGGCGGUCGCGGCGCGCGCGGCGCGACACGGACGACGCCACGCACCAUGCGCACGCGCACCACGCACCGCAUACACACCACACGCCCAUGAAAUACAAUUUCUACGUCGAACUAGAUCCUACCUGGGACUGCUCAACACGAAUAAACGUGUUGACAACAAGACUAGCGGAUCUCCGCAAAGCGUACCACUCAGUGAAGGCGGAGCUUGCCGCUAUCGACAGACGACGCAAGAAGCUACGUCGGAAGGAGAGAGAAGCUGUAAAGGCUGCAAAAGCUGCUUGCUCCUGAUAAUUCUCCAGUGGCUGUCAACAAGACAGGGAGACUCGAGGACCGGAGUUUGUUCGUUUUAGAAUAAACAAACGUUCUGCUUAGAUGUAGUUACUACUUGUAUUAAUAGUGAUUUAUUUUAUUUAGAAUGUUUAUAAAUCGAAUAAUUUAAGUUUUAAAUGACUUUUAAAAACCAUAAGUACCAAACAUCAACUGAGAUGUCUGUAAAUAAGAGUAUAAACAAUUUAAUUCAGAAUUUAUAAGAUGCUUUUAUUGUUUUUUUUCACCCUGAGCCUGCAGUCUCGCUCGAAUGGUCCAUUCAAAAAAAUCAGCCGCUAAAACGUCUCGUUUUCAAAUAUCUAUUUUUCUAUGUUUCAUUCAACUUUAUUGUAUAACUCUUGUUUAGCGACCGAUUUUUUGACAAAUUCACGUCGACGGACUGGUUUCAGGGGAUACAUUUAUACCGUAUUUUGGUUAAUUUAAAAAAGUAUUCGCACUAAGAUGAUAAAAUGGUUGAUUGUUUGAAAAGCGACUGAUUUGUAUUUGUUAUGACCUAUAAUAAUCGGAAUAUUAGCUUAUGUGGGAAUACAAUUUUUAACUUUUCUGAAAGAUACUUAGUAUCCAAAUAAGGUAGUACCUUGUAUCACAAAAUGUUAUUAAACACAGUAUUUCAUAUGUUGUUACUGUGCAGGUAUAAACAAAAUUGAAUGUGUUGCCAAUGAAGUCAUUAAAAUAAUGUGAUUGGAAAAUUA